CCCUAGUCCCACGGUUUUGUCAUCCCGGUUUGAAAAAGAGGAACAGAAAAGGAGAGAGAGAGGAAGAGAGCGAGAGAGAGAGAGAGAGGGAGCAAUUCCGUCUGGUGUGUUGCGGUUUCGACAGAUCAGAUCUUCUCUGGUUUUACCCUCUUAUUGGUUGUUUGCUGUGUCUUCUCGGGUUUGACCUGCUAGUUGCUGCCAACUCCAGAUUUGCCAAUUUUAGAAUAUAUUUCCUUCGUGUUCUUAUCGGAAUCUCUGUUGCAGUUAAAUCAGAAGAUUUGAACUUUGUUGGAUUUAUUCUUGUGGAAGAAUUGGAAGCCAUUGCUGAGAAAUCGUUCAGAGGGCUUUUUCUCUGUUAUUCUUGGUUCUUAGAGUUGUGGAUAGCUGGGUAUUGUGAUUUCCCUCGUAAUCAAUCAGAAAAAUAGCUUCCAUUGCAUUUUUUUCGAUAAUUGGUGUCAUAGGUAUCAAGGUAACCAGGUGAAAUAUCUCGGUAAACCUGCUGGCUUUCGAGUUUUUAAGGGGCUUGGCAGUGGGUAGUUGAGAUCUCCGCGUGAGAUCAACCAGAACAUUGGUUCUUCAUCCGGAUCUUUUAUGUUUACGACUGGUGGUGUUCCUAGCAACGAUGGUUGCCGUCAAUUUGGGCGUACUUCACUAUGUAUUGGAUCACAUUUACGGUGCUUUUGUUCAUAGGACGAAGUUGACGCCACCAUUCUUCUCCAGAGGAUGGGGUGGGAGCAACCUGGACCUUCUAGAGAGCAUCAUCAAGCAAUUCUUUCAAGGGGUGUCAGGCCAGAAAUGGCCUCCUCCCGGGUUGGUUCAGCCGGUGUGGAGGACGGUGUGGGAGACGAAGACCACUUGUCUUAGAGAAGGGACCUUCAAGACGCCCUGUGAUAGGCAGGUGAUUGCAGCAUUGCCUCCUGAGAGUCACAACGCCAGGGUGGCUUUCCUCGCUCCCAAGUUCGUGCCUCCGCAUCAGAUGGCAUGCGUGGUUCAUCUUGCAGGCACAGGUGAUCACACAUUUGAGAGAAGGUUACGCCUUGGAGCUCCAUUAUUGAAAGAAAAUAUUGCUACCAUGGUGCUUGAAAGCCCUUUUUAUGGUCAGCGGCGCCCAAGAUUGCAACAUGGUGCAAAGCUCCUCUGUGUCAGUGACUUGCUGUUAUUGGGCAAGGCCACAAUCGAGGAAGCACGUGGUCUCCUGAACUGGUUAGAGAAUGAAGCUGGGUAUGGCAAGAUGGGUGUUUGUGGUCUUAGUAUGGGGGGAGUACAUGCUGCAAUGGUUGGGUCACUUUAUCCAACUCCAAUUGCUACUCUGCCAUUUCUCUCCCCACAUUCAGCAGCUGUUGCCUUCUGUGAGGGAAUUUUGAAGCAUGGUACGGCUUGGGAGGCACUUAGAGAAGACGCAACUCAACAAGCUGCAAUGACUCUUGAGCAAGUGCAAGAACGCAUGCGUUCAGUACUUUCACUAACAGAUGUCACACGCUUCCCUAUUCCCAAGAAUCCAAAUGCGGUCAUUUUUGUUGCCGCCACAGAUGAUGGUUACAUCCCAAAACAUUCAGCAUUAGAACUUCAGAAAGCUUGGCCAGGUUCAGAAGUCAGAUGGGUCACUGGUGGACAUGUUUCAUCUUUCCUCCUCCACAGUGAUGAAUUCAGAAAAGCAAUAGUUGAUGCCCUUAACAGAUUGAAUUGAUAAAUCAGAAUGACAGAACCGCGAUUGAAUUGGAUGUAAUUUUUUAUUCUUUGUGUGCUAAUUUUUGUUGCAAGACAACAAAUGUGCGGGAUGCUGUCGAACUGAUGAAAGUUAACUGUUGGAUAUUGUAAAUAGAUCACUCUCAUUUGGCAA